AUGUGUGGCGUAACUAUUGUUAUCUGUAAGCUCGCGAUAUAUAAACACUCUUUAAACCAAGCAGCUUUAGGACUUAUAAACGAAACUGAAAUUCUGAAACCGUUACCCAUUUACAUAUGGCGUCCAAUUAAUUCCAAAGAACAUUACUUCGCUGCAUUUAUGUUGGACAUUGUGACGGCAUCUAUUGGUUGUACGUACAACACGUCUACACAGAUGGUUUAUUUAACUAUAUUCACGUUUAUAAUUUGUCAACUGAAGAUUCUCCAAGUUAAAUUCCGAAAUUAUGGGUUUGUUUGUUCUCAGAAAAGUACCGAAGAAGAGAAAUUUUAUUAUCUACGAAAUUUGAUAGUUGAACAUCAAACGAUUAUUUCAUUCGUCAAAGAAUUAGAUGAUAAUAUGAAAUAUUUAUUAUUCUUAGAAUUUACAAUAAAUCCAAUUCAAAUUACUUCGGGCUUAUAUCAAAUAUUAGUGUUUAAAUUAGAUACCAUGCUGCCAUUUAGAAUAGCUAUGCUUUUUUGUAUGGUUCUUCAAAUAUUUGUGUUAACAUGGCAUGGAAAUGAAAUUCAAAUUUACAGCAUGGGCGUAUCACAAGCAGUAUAUGACUGUAAAUGGUAUGAUCUUUCACAAAAAAUUAAACAAUAUUUAUUAAUAAUCAUGAUGAGAGCGCAAAAUCCUUUAACACUUUCUGUAGGACCAUUCUUCGUCUUAACUAAUAGUGCAGCAGUUACUGUAAGUAUCUAU